AUGGCGGCUGGCGAGACCCGCUGCCAGACGAGGACCGCGGACACGUUCCCGCCGCAGGCCCUGAUGCCGCUGGCGGACGCAGUGUUUCUGGCGCUGCUGCGGGCCUGCGGUCUGCGACGCGGCCCCCAGAGCUUGCACGCGGCCAGUGUCGCCGAUCUUGAGGGUCUCCUGGCAAGACUCGGGGUGCUUCCGAGCGUCGUGGGCGCGGCCGCGAGCCGUCGCCGCUCGUCCGCGAAGGUGGCCAGGGAGGCGGUCGGUGUUGGCAUCAACGGUUUCGGGCGCAUCGGGCGCCUGGUGGCCCGCAUCAACCUUACUGGGGCCACAUCAUCCAAGCUAGACGUGAACCUCCUGCCGCAGGAGGCAAUCAAAAUCCGCAUCGGCACCAUCAACCUCGCCAGCUGGUGGCGCCACCGGGAUGCUGCGCUGAGUGCUGCCGCGGAGCUGGGCGUCGACAUUCUUGCGUGCCAGGAGUCCCGCAUCAACGAGUACCAGAUGGCCUCCCAGAUCGCCGAGUUUUCCAAACCUGGUUGGCACAUGCCCCCGGGUACUGCGUCGGACUGCCUUGGGCAGGCCAGCCAGGGGAUCCCUGCAGGGGGAGGUACAGUCGUCCUUACUUCUAACAUGUGGCGCCCUGCCUGGCGCGCGGGCGCUCGCUUCCCUGGAGGCGAGGCUUCUGUCUACACCGUGCACCGCAACGACGCGUUCUUCUGGCUCGUCAACCUGCGCCGCCGGAGCACUGAGGACAUGGGCGCCGCAGAUGUUUUCAAGACGUGGUUGUUGGAACAAGCCGCAGCCAUGCCAGCCUGCGACACUGUUGUUUUCGCUGGCGACUGGAAUGUUGAGGCUGACUCGCCUUUCAGCGUCGAGUUCGACACGACUCUCAACUAUCGCUUCCUGGUUCUUCCGGAGGCCACUCGAUGGACAGGGCCCCGGAUCGAGGCCAUCGACUACUUUGCUAUCCGUGCAGAUUGGGCGCCUCUCGCAUCCUCGGUGUUCUGUGCGUCACAUCACAUUUCGGAUCAUAAGCUCGCAUUGCUGGACAUGCCCAUGCUCGUGGACAAGUCCCCCAGCACAGGUGACAGGCAGCCCUACCAUUGGGCCAAACUACGCCGGUACCUACGACCGGACACUUUCAAGAAUGACGAAGUGAAAAUGGCGGCUUGGCUGGAUACGGCGGAGCUGUUCUGGAAUGACAAUAUGGGGAAUUAUGACAGACAUACUGGGAUGGAGGAGUAUGGCGACAUGGACUCAUGGUUGCAGGCGUGGUCAGAGGCAUCUGAGGCCUGCUUGCAGCGCAUGCUCGUCCUCAACCCCCCGACCACUAUGCCGAAAGGCGACUGGAAACACAAAUGCCGAGUGCAAGAAAAACCUGAACUUGGGGGCGGCCCUGUAUCCAAAACUAGCUGUGUUGAGGACCGGCUCCGACGCUUCAUCCAGGUCGCCCGGGAGCUUGGCCUGAAGUGGCAGCGGGGCCUCGCCACUGAAGCCGGCAUGCUCGCCAGUGGCCUUGGGCUGGCCGGCGCCCGCAAGCAGAAACUCGACCAGGCGCAUCAGCGUCCCCAGCACGAAUUGGAUGUCUCCCGGAGGGAGAGGAUCUCGGCAUGGAAGCGCCGCAUGAAGAUCGACCCCGGCGGCUCUGCUGUAUACAAGUGGAUCCGAGGAGCACAGUGGCGGCCAACGGACGCAGCGGUCAGAAUCAAGGAUCAGCUUUUCACUGGCGCUGGGGCUGCACAUGCCGUCCGUGAACACUACCAGCAGCAUUAUCAGGCCUUUGGGAAUGGCAACAAGAUCAACGACUUGAUGCACGCGGAGAGCGUAUGGAGGGAACCGACUGGGGUUCUGGAUCGUUCCCCACUACCUGGGGUCAAUGAGCUCAGGCGCGCCCUCAAACCCAUGAGGGGCAAGGCUUGCGGCGUUGACGGCUGGUCUGCCGAUGAGGCCUUUCUGCUGCCGGACUCGGCCCUCGAAUCUCUCAUCAAUUGUUUUGCUAAGAUCGAAGAGGGCGCCCGACCGCCGACCGACUGGUUGAAGUGGCGCCAAGUCCAUUUUCCGAAGGACAGCGGACGCGGCACCCCAGAGGUCGCCAGGCUCCGCCCCAUCAGCAUCGCCUGCGUUUGGUGGAUGGCGUGGGCCAGAUUCCGCGCCGGGCAGAUUGCGGAGUUCUUGAAACCCAUGUGGCCGGCAGGGCAGGCCGGCGGCAUCCGAGGAGUCACGAUUGAACAUAUCAUCGAGUCUCUUCUCUCGAGUAUUGACGAGACCCGUAGCAAUUGGUUAUGGCAGCAAUGCGGCCCAGACGCAGAGCACCUCACUGUUCCAGGUCAUGCUGAGCUCCACGUGGCCUCGUGGGAUUUCGAGUCUGCGUUUGAUCGCGUCGACACCAUGAUCACGACCGACAUAUUCGAGUACCUUGGGGGGGACCCUUUGAGCAUGCUCGCCAUGGCUGUGAUGUUAGCACUGCCGCAUCAUCGUGCGCAGAGGCAUGCGCCGUCGGCCACGAACGCGCUCUACGCAGACGUCCGGACCACCAUCACCAGAGAUGUUCGUACCAUGCAGGUUGUUCAGCAGGUGUGGCAAGCUUUCGAGUCUUUGACAGCUAUGUGCACAAACCCCAAAAAGACACAGACCAUCGACUUGUUCCCAGGUGCCCGCAAGCUUCCCUCCGAGGAGAUGAAGGCGCUCUGGAUCAAGAUGACCCUCCACGGCAAGCCCAGCACUGAGGACGAGGCCCCUGCGGUCCGGAUCCUUCAGCAGCGAUGCCGGCGCACUCGUUCACUACCAUUCCCGUGGUGGCAGAAGAGAAAAUUGAUGCCCUGUGCUUACGCCCGGCUGCUUUGGGUAGCUGUGCGGUCGCCUCCGGGCAAGAUCAGAAUCCAGAAGUGGCAGUCCUACAUCGACCACGCCGUCCUCGGCGGCAGGUGGCGCUCGGGUUGUCUUCAUCUCAGACAUUUUCUGGUCACAGGGCACUCUUGCUGCAUCCUCUACAGAACUAUUUCGCGUCUGUGGGUGAUCUGGCGGGCCCGGUACAAACGGCAGGGAGCAGUUGCAAUCGACUGCCUUGCCAAGGUCGCGGAGGCGCCUGUCCCGACAGCAGCGCGUCGUCUCACGCGCCACCUUGGCCCCGCCGCCAUGCUCAACGACUUGAUGAACCAGUUGUCUCCCAGCUUCUGCGAGCACAACAAUCAAAAGGGCUGGCACGGCUGGCUGGGAGACGAUCCAAUCAGUAUUUGUCCAACAUUCUCCACCAAGGUGGCGCAGCAUCUGGCGCGGCUUGCACUGCGGCGUUCGUGGUGGGACGCAUUCAAGGGCAUGCAGCGCAAGGACUCGCUGCUGGCCGCGUCCGCGCGGGUCAGCUUCGCCCUGCAGGCCCUGGCACUGCUUCACGAUCUAAUCAAGCAUCUGCCUGGGUUUGUGCAGCUCGCAUGCGGAGUAUCUCGCCCCGCGGAAGGGGGCCUGGCGCUGCGGCCGGCGCCAUUGGUGCCGCAGCCGAGCGAGGCGAGGCUUUGCUUAGGCUUGUGCAGCGCGCAUGCGGAGUAUCUCGCGUACCAGAUGAAAUGCGACUCGAUCCGCGGCAGGCACGACGGCACUGUCGAGGUCGACGGGGGCUCCUUGGUGAUCGACGGCCACAAGGUGGCGCUCUCGCACACCCGUGAUCCGACAGAGAUCCCCUUCAAGGAGCACGGUGCGGACUACGCCCGCGAGUCCACCGGCGCGUUCCUGGCGGAUGAGAAGAUCCAGCCGCGCCUCAAGGCGGGCGCGAAGAAGGUCGCGUUCUCGGCCCCGGCUAAGGACGACAGCCACACCAUAGUGAUGGGCGUGCACCAGGACACCUACAAGAGUGACAUGGGCUGCGUCUCGGGCACUUCGUGCACCACCAACGGCCUCGCCCCCACGGUGAAGGCUGUCAACGACGCGUUCGGCAUCAGGCGGGGCCUGAUGACCCCCAUCCACGCCAUGACCGCGGCUCAGCCAACCGUGGACGGGGCGCCGAAGAAGGACUGGUAUGGUGGCCGCGCGGCGUCGGGCAACAUCGCGGUGGCCAGGGUCGUGCCAGAGGUGGCGGGCAAGCUCGCCGGCAUGGCUGUCCGCGUGCCCACCAUCGACGUGACGGUCGUGAAUCUCACUUGUGAGCUGGAGAAGGCGACGACCUACGAGGAGCUCUGCGCCGAGAUCAAGAGGCGUUCGGAGGGCGAUAUGAAGGGGUUCCUGGGCUACUGCGACGAGGCCCUCGUGUCUACCGACUUCGAGACGUGCCCCAUCUCCAGCGCGUUCGAUUCCAAGGCGGGCAUCAUGCUGGACCCCGCGUUCGUGAAGCUCGUGGCCUGGUACGACAACGAGUGGGGCUACUCGUGCCGUGUCGUUGACCUGAUCAAGCCACAGUGGCAUCGCCGACUCACGACGACAUAG